AUGCUCCGUAAUCUAGGCGCAUUUUGUGCCCUAGGAGGACAGCCUGUCUCACUGGCACAACGAUUACGCCCGCCCAUUCACGCGCCCCAACUCCCGGGGGUGAUCCAAACCACUUCGUUGCAAAAGCCUCAGUUACACUCUCCCACUCGGUCUUCCUACCAAGCAAGUCAUUUAAGAACAAGCGCCCGGCCUGAGCAUCAGUACUACCGUUUCAGAAAUGCUCGUCAAUCAAGAUUCUCUCGGUUUGUCGAAGCCCUCAAACCACGACACUUUGUGUUCAUCGGGCUCGGAGCCUCAGGAGUGUAUCUCUACAAUGUCGAGGAAGUUGAAAUGACCGGGCGCCGGCGUUUUAACUGUAUUUCGCAUGCUCGAGAGUUGGCACUGGGCAAUGAGAGUUACCGCGAAAUCUUGGCUUCCGAGCACGGGAAGAUCCUCGCUGCCAAUCAUCCACUUACGGUUUUGGUUGAUGAGGUUCUACAGGACUUGGUCGCUGGCAUUGAAAUAGAAGGAGCGGACUGGAGAGUUUAUGUUAUCAAGGAUGACGAAAACCAGAAUGCUUUUGUGCUUCCUGGCGGCCGAGUGUUUGUCUACACUGGAAUCCUGCCUAUCUGCCGAGAUACAAAUGGACUAGCUGCCGUUCUGGGACACGAGAUUGCGCAUGUUGUUGCUCAUCACCCCGCCGAGCGUAUGAGUAACAGUCUCCUCAAGUUGGGCGUUGUGCUGGCACUUUCUUUGCUAUUCGAUGUGCUGAAGCGGACAGAAUCGGACUCAGUAUGGACCUUCGAAACCGGCUGCAGAGAGUUGCUAACAGUGUCAGUGAUUAUGUCCAAAGCGUGCUUCAAUCCCAAGGCAGCGGUUCAACUAUGGGCCCGUAUGCAUGAACGGGAAAAACAAGCCCCACCGCAGUUUAUGUCCACCCACCCAUCAAACUACAACCGAAUGGAGGCAAUUCAGGGAUGGCUCGACGCGGCUAAUAUUAUUUACCGAGAUAAUGGCUGCGAGGAUCUCACUAAAUACGGUAAGAUAUUCAACUUCUCCAGCUGGCUAUUGCAUGUAGCUGACCUGUCGAGUGAUCGCUUUCCGUGCGUUCAAUAA